AUGUUCUUGUUUGUUUGGUUGCAGGAGUUGAUGGGUGUGGAUGAGCGGGUGUUUGCGUGCAUGUACUGCGGUGCCUCGUUCCUCCACCAGAGCAAGCUGACGCGGCACAUCCUCUCGCACAGCCUCGAGUCGCUCAAGUACCGCGAGCAAGCGGCCCACCUGCAGCUGCAGGCUCAGCUGGGCCUCGAACCCGGCAUGCACCUGCCGCCGGAGGCCCACUACCCCGCUGCGGGUACGAUUGAGCCGAUGGACUUCGAACUCGCGGCCCACUCGGACCCGACCUCCGGCGUCGUCCUCUGCAAGUUCUGCGGCAAGUCUUUCCCGGACGUCGGCUCGUUGAUUGCCCACCUACCGGCGCAUACCGGCGACCGGCCGUUCAAGUGCGAGUUCUGCGGUAAAGCAUUCAAGCUGCGCCACCAUAUGAAGGACCACUGUCGUGUGCAUACCGGCGAACGGCCAUUCCGGUGUACGCUGUGCGGCAAGACCUUUUCGAGGUCGACGAUACUCAAGGCCCACGAAAAGACACAUUAUCCGAAAUAUGUGCGCAAGUUCCUGUCCCCGAGCCCAGUGGACCCCUCCGAGGAAGAGGCCCCACCGCCGCCACCGCCGCAUCAUUGA